GAAUGUGCAUCCAAUAAGAAAACAGCUGCAGAUGUGUGACUUCAUUUCAUUAGAAUAUUAAGCCCAUCCUUUCUCACUAUAACUGCUUGUCCAGAAGCAGAGCCAAGAGAUUUUUAAUUAACUGACAUCAGGUUGUGACAAACACGUCGGAGGAAUGACAGGCAAUGUGACCAGAAUCUGCAGAGCAGGACUCCUGUCUUCUUUCAUCCUCAUCUCUCACUUUGCCAUGACAUCUUCAAUGACUUUUGAUUUGACUGAGCUGAGAAAUAAAGUUUCAAAGAUCAAGAUGAAUCCCAGGAGCAAUCUGUGGGCAAUGGGGCAUUUCAUGGGAAAGAAAAGUGUUGCGGAUGGUUCUUUUAUGGAGUCGGCUUUUGAAGAUGUAAAUGUUCCAGCUGAUGUCAGAGCUGCCAGUCCUCUGCGCACAGUGGAAGACCUGCAGGCGCUGAUCAUUCAGAUGCUGGAAACUGCUCUGCACACUAGAGAGAAACAGACUCUGAAACAGUUGGAGGAGACCCUGCCUGAGGAGCACUAACCAGCAUCAGGGUAACAAUAUGACAAAGAAGAAGAAGAAGAAGAAACAAGUGCUGAUAUAUUUCUGUUUUUCUGCACUGCUUUACUCUUGGAUCAAUUUAUUUGAACCUUUCAUUGAUGUGUCAUCUGUUAAUAAACUAAUAGAAG